GGAUCUUCGUGAUAUCUCCCAGUCUAUAGGAGAUGACGCACUGGGGUUUGAUUUUCCAGAGUACCAGAGCACUGGUUCGGGGUCCAACAGCUCUGUCGCACUGGGGCUCUGGUCUACCUUGCUGUUUUGGUCAAGAUUUGGAGCCUAAUAUGGCUUUAAAUGACAAUAUUAGAAGCUCAUUAUUGAGACCCCAAUUUUAAAAACAUAUAUUUACUCACAUAAGUGCUACCCCAACUUCAACCCAUCGGUGCCACUGGUGUACAGAGAGACAGGUAAGAAACUUGGUGGAAAGAAUCAGGGGCAGGAUCCUUAAUCAUGCCAAAUGUUAAAACUUGUAACCUCUUGUCUUUUUUAUCUUUUCUGCUGUAGAGACCUUGACCCCAGCCUCGAGUCCAUCAUCAGGAGUGUGCGGAGCAGCGGCUGGCCAAGAUGAGAGCGGCAGCACCCUCAACCUCGAGUGCCGGGUGUGCUCUGACAAAGCUUCGGGCUUCCACUACGGGGUGCACGCAUGCGAAGGCUGCAAGGUAAGAAACUUGGGACGUAAACAGGGAUCGUGUAGCCAGCUGGAGCACAUCGACUGCAUCAUGCAGGCGUACUUUGGCGCGAGAAAGGCGAUUAAAGGAGCGCAAAGAUAUUAACGUAAUGAAAACACAGUUCAACUCAUGGGUCUUUUGAAUGGCACAGCUAAAAGUUUAAAAAAAGAUGACGUGCAUGCCUGAACGCACGCAGCACCAAAACACAUACAGAAGCCUGGCAGCGCAGAGGCGCCUGACCUGGAGACCAGUGGAAACUUUCUGAGACACACAGCCGAGUCAUGUGGGGUAGAGGACAUGACGGCUAGGCCUGUCACCUCUGUCCUGGUUGGCACAGAGCCAAAGUCAAUGACAUUAAUACACACACGCACAUUUAUAAACACACAGAGCAGCUAUUGACACAGUGGACUGCUCUACUUUGCUAAAUAUUCCCUUUUGGGAUUUGAUGAUUAGUAAAAUGUAGUUUUUGCUGCUUUCAUUUUUCCUUUAUCUAUGUUUUUGGACAUUCUUCACAAUUUAGGGAUUAAAAGUUUAUUUUAAAACACCGACACUGAGAAUAUUGGGUAAGUGAGACCGCUGGCCUCAGUAACCAGCGCACGUGUUAAAAACCAUAGAGGACGGUCGCUGCGUUGUUUGUGCAGUCACAUGAGAUCAUUGCAUCCUCACAGCUGGCCGCAGGUUGUUGCUGCUAAUCUGAGAUUUAUUUGCUACUUUUGCAUGAGUUUUUAAACUCUGACCCUUUCUCCCUGUUGACGUCUCAUGCUUUGCUUCUCUUUAAUAAAGAUCUUUCGCUUUUCCACGACAUUGCCACUGAUUGGAAAUGCGAUAAACAUGUCUCUACUUCUGCAUCUGCACAUAGGUUGGGGGGGUUUUCUGAUAAAAAACAAUGACUGUUGAUCACUGUGCUGGCUCUAAUGCUAAAAAAGUGCAUCUGGUGGAUAAUCUAUUGCUGUCUAACUCUGUAGCUGCCCACGGGGGCUCUGUUUUACGACACACGUCUCAUUCAUCACCACAGUCUUGCUGUCAGAGCGGCUGCCAGCGUUGGCACGACACCUAUCACCGUGUCACACAGCAGCUGUUCUGAAGCAGGGACGUGAUGACCUUGAACUGUUGGACACUGCAUAUGUGACGGGGCGUGCUCUGACGGCACUGCUUCUAAACUCUCUGACUGCAGUAAUCUUGCUUCUGAUAUGUCACAGUCACAGUUCGCGGUUACCAUGCUGGAUGGGCUCUGUGGAGUAUUUUCAGCACCUCGCUUCAAAGAGAGGCGCACUGAGCAGUGGGACUGUGAACACGCUGUGAUGUUGCCCUACCAGGGUUUAAGUCUGUGGUGAUAAUGGGCCUGAAACAUUAGAGCAAAGGAGAUAUUAUUAGAGUCAGGAAAAGCCUUUAGUGAUAGAAAAUUGAAAAAAUGAGAGAGACUUUUGCUCCUAAGCGUUGCACAAUCGUUCUCUUUGUUUAUGUUGUCAGCCUUGCUGCUCGCCUCCCGGCUAAGAUAUCGCAGCACAGUACUGGCCUCUGGUUGUGUCUGUUUUUCCCAAACACAAACAUGCAGGGACAUGUAUGGCAUAAACACACACAUCUGUUUUUCCUCCUUCUGCAGCUCUGUAAUGUUAUGUAAUGCAUUUCUGAUGACUGUAAUAUGGCCUUCAGUGCUUUCUAUUGGCUGAUUCCACCCACACAAAAGAGAUUCUUUUGCUUAAAAUUGACACAAAAGUGGCGUAUGACGCAUAAUAAAACUAAGAAAAUUAUAAAAUAGCUGCUAUUCAGCAUAAAUUCAGCCAGGUGUAAGAUGAUGUCUUUAAUGACCAUUUGGCCUGUUGGAAAUUUUACUGAUGUAAGUGGAGUAUGCAUUAGAAUAUCACGCGCCUUGCCUUAUCUGAGGGCUAUAACGUAUCCUCCAAAAAGAGAUGUUCUUCAAAAAAAAAGGUCAAAUCUACUGCACAUCAGAGAUCCUUUCCUUCAAGAACAGGUGUAAUUUCCCUCAAAUUAAAUCCAAAGAUAUUAACAUUGAUCUUUCCAGAGCUUAAAAGGUGCACAUUUAAUACAAAAAUGCAUAAAAUAUGCAAACUGUUAACUGUUUUGUUCAUGACUCUGAGCAGGGUGCUAAUGCAAAGGCACUGGGUCCCAUUCACUAAUAUGUGCGUAUUAAUGUACUUUGCACAUGUAAUACUAUGCACGUCUUGAGCCAUAUUUCUUUAAAUCUUUCUUGGAAAGUGGGAAACAGGCUGCUGCAGUUUAAUGAAACGUGUGCAAGCAUACAUGGAAAUAGACAAAAACAGAGUUUGUACAAAGGUUUGCAGAGUACAAAUGAAAUCUGGUAAGAAAAUAUGGAUAUAUGUUAGUUUUGUGCAUUUUUUGCUUAUGCCGUGUGGUUGAACGACGACCACUGAGAAAGCUAAGUGAUAACGUCUUUUUGUUCUGUCUGUCACAUCAGGGUUUCUUUAGGAGGACCAUCAGGCUGAAGCUGGAGUAUGAUAAGUGUGAGCGGAACUGCAAAAUCCAAAAGAAGAACCGAAACAAGUGCCAGUACUGCAGAUUCCACAAGUGCCUCUCUGUGGGCAUGUCCCACAACGCCAUCCGGUUUGGUCGUAUGCCCCAGGCAGAAAAACUGAAGCUGAAGGAGGAAAGCAAGAUGGUUGAGAAAGAUGUGGAAAGUCCCUUAAUGUCUGACCACAAGUUUCUGGUCAGGCAGAUCCAUGAUGCCUACAUGAAGAACUUCAACAUGAACAAGGCAAAAGCACGGCUCAUACUCACUGGAAAAACUAGCAAGCCGCAGCCUCUCAUCAUCCACGACAUGGAGACGUUCCAGCUGGCGGAGAGAACGUUAGCGGUCCAUAUGACAAACAGCGACUAUCCGGAGUCUGACAGCGUCCUCGGACAAGUGAGUCCGGCUGUGUCGUGCGGGGAGCUUCGGCAGAGGGAGGCCGAAGCCAGGCUCUUCCACUGCUGCCAGAGCACCUCAGUGGAGACUGUCACAGAGCUAACGGAAUUUGCCAAGGCUAUGCCGGGUUUCCAGAGUCUGGAUUUGAAUGAUCAGGUGACUCUCUUGAAGUACGGUGUUUACGAAGCCCUCUUCACACUCUUGGCCUCGUGCAUGAACAAGGACGGCCUCCUGGUGGCCCGUGGUGGAGGCUUUAUCACCCGUGAGUUCCUCAAGAGUCUCCGCCGACCAUUCAGUGACAUGAUGGAGCCCAAAUUCCAGUUUGCCACACGCUUCAACUCUCUGGAGCUGGACGACAGCGACCUAGCUCUUUUUGUGGCUGCUAUUAUCUGCUGUGGAGAUCGUCCAGGCCUGGUAGACGUACCUGUAGUAGAGCAGUUGCAGGAAAGCAUUGUUCAGGCGCUGCGGCUCCACCUGCUGGCCAAUCACCCAGAUGACACCUUCCUUUUCCCCAGGCUGCUGCAGAAGUUGGCUGACCUCCGGGAGCUGGUCACUGAGCAUGCUCAGCUGGUGCAAGAAAUCAAGACGACAGAGGAUACUUCCCUGCACCCGCUGCUGCAAGAAAUAUACAGGGACAUGUACUGA